CUUUAAACCAAAACUCUUUCAUUUCACUUUAAUUUCUUCUUUAGUUUUCUCAAGUUUUCUCCUGCACGUGUUGAUUUAACUUUCGUACAUUUUUAAAUAAUUAAUUUUCAGUACAUUUAUUCUAUAGAAUGUUUAAAAAAUACAAGAAAUAAGUUCAUUGAACAUAUAGAUAUUAUUUUACAGUAACUUUAUUAUGUUGCUAUUUAAUUUAUUUUAAUAGAAAAAGACAGAAAAUGCCGCGGAAGAAGAAGGUACCAUCUCUCAUCAGUGAAGAUGAUUACGGAUUUGAAGAAAAUUAUAAUAAAGAAGGAUUUAGUAAUCGAGCACCAAGAAAUGCUGCUAAUGCACGAGAACGAGCUAGAAUGAGAGUAUUAAGUAAAGCUUUUUGCCGAUUAAAAACAACUUUACCUUGGGUACCAGCUGAUACAAAACUUAGUAAAUUAGACACCCUUCGUUUGGCAUCAACUUACAUUGCACAUCUUCGAUCAAUCUUAUGUAAUGAAGCAAGUUCUGAAAUUUCAAAAUCAGUAUCUUUGACCUUGUCUUGGCCUUUUGUUGUUCAGAAUGGCAGUCUACCAAUUUUGAGCAACAAUGAUUCUACAACAAAGGAAGUUUCUAUUUCGGGCAACAAUUGUUUGCUUAAGAAUCGUUAAAUUUAGAACGAUACUACAAAUUUCGCGGAAAAAAUGAAAGUCAAUAAAUUAUAAUUACAUAUCUUCAUGUUAAAUUAUUUUUAAAAAAAGUUUAUAUAUAUAUGUAUAGCUUAUAGGAUGGUCCACAUUUCUUAAAAGUUGGAAUUUCUCAUUUUCCGCAUUAAAAUUAUUGUACAAUAUUAUAUAUAUAAUAAUACAGUACGGAACCUUGAUUAUCCUAUACUGGUUCGAAUAUAAAUAUAAUAUAGAAAUUGCAUACAGUAGAACCUCGGUUAUCCGAGCCUCGAUUAUCCGAGAUUCCGGAUUAUCCGAGGCACUAAACAUGAUCGGAUAAUGCGGAAUAACUCGGAUAAAACGAAUCGAGCGACUAAAUUUGGAAAAAAAAUUUUACAAAACCACUAUUUGUGAUCAUUGCAUUUCAAAUUUCGUCCAUUUUUGUCGUUUAAUAUUAUUCUAACACUUUAAACACAUGAAAAAUAAUUUAAAAUAAUGAAAUUUUCAUUUGUUCCGUGUUAUCCGAGUUUUCGAUUAUCCGAGGCACCUCUUCCCCACAUUACCUCGGAUAAUCGAGGUUCUACUGUAAUUAUUUUCGUUUAUAUUUAUGAAGAAAUGAUUGUUUUGCACUAUUAACCCUAGAAGGAGUAACUGAAUUUACUCACCCUCUAUAAGGAGUAACUGGGGUGUCCAGACACCCCAAGCUUUAAACUUGUUUUAUAAGGUUUCUAUUUGACGUAAAAAAAAAUUACGUGUAGUGAAUUUGAUUGAUUUUUUAGUAAGGAAAGCAAUGGUUUCAUUCAUUUUUUGAUAAAUUUGAAAAAAUUUUAAAUAAUGGCUAAGAUUUGAAAGCGAAAAAAUCAUUUUUUAAUUUAGAGGCGUACGUAUUUUAAAUAUUGCGUAGGGUGUCUAUUAGACACUCCAGUUACUCCUUCUAGGGUUAAAUUAUGACAUUUAUUUAUGUCUUAUUCGUUUAGGUAUUUACGUCGUUAAUAAUCGCAGUGGUUAAUCAAUAAAAUUUCUUUAUUUUUAUGAGAUUUUUGUAGCAAUAGAUGUAAAAAUUUAAAGUUUCUGUUAACAUGCGAACAAGAAAUUUGGAUAUAAAUGAAUUACACAGUUCGGAUAAUUGAGGUUCCACUCUAAUAUACAUAUGUAUUAAAUUUGGUGCACUACAGUGUUAUUUAUUAAUUCGCAAUUCCACGUUUAACGAAAUAAGCAUCAUCCUACUAAAUUAGUAAAUAAAUAAUUAAUUAAAUAUA